CCCUCCGAAAGCCGCCAGUUCACUCACAUUCGCGAAGGUGAGAGGAGUGUUGUUCGCACCAGCGAGUGAAUGUACACGUGAUUGAACAUUCUUGCAUCUAACUAAAGUGAAAAAAAAUAUGACAACUAAUGGAGAAUGUCGCAAUGGGGUUAGGAAAUCGAAACCUAGACCUAUAAUCUCGCGGAGUUGUUCAGAAAAUUACGAAAUUAACGACGUCGAAGUGCCCGGCACUCCGAAAACUCCUCGCACCUCCACGACCCCAGGCCAUGAAAAGUGCACGUUUCAUCACGAUUUAGAACUAGACCAUAAUCCUCCGACUAGAGAAGCAAUGCUACCGGAAAUGUCGAGGUCCUACAGGAUGCUUCUUGAAUCCUUGGGAGAAAAUCCUGACAGGCCAGGACUUUUGAAGACACCGGAGAGGGCAGCCAAGGCCAUGCUUUUCUUCACCAAAGGAUACGAUCAAAGUCCUGAAGAGGUCUUAAACGAUGCGAUUUUCGACGAAGACCAUGAUGAAAUGGUAGUGGUCAAAGACAUCGAAAUGUUCUCUAUGUGUGAACACCACUUGGUACCUUUUUACGGGAAAGUGUCUAUAGGAUAUUUGCCUUGCGGAAAGAUUCUCGGAUUAAGUAAAUUGGCAAGGAUUGUGGAAAUCUACUCUCGAAGACUUCAGGUUCAAGAACGAUUGACAAAGCAAAUUGCUGUUGCUGUAACCAAGGCUGUCCAACCAGCUGGGGUUGCUGUUGUUGUGGAGGGAGUGCAUAUGUGUAUGGUGAUGCGAGGUGUCCAAAAAAUCAACAGCAAGACAGUAACUUCCACCAUGUUGGGGGUUUUUCGAGACGAUCCCAAGACACGAGAAGAAUUCCUCAAUUUGGUACAUUCUAAGUAAUGUGACGUGACAACUAUUUAUUACGGAUCCAUGCAUAUAAAAGAUUUAAGUUUAGUUUUUUAUUUUUAAAUUAUUAAAAAUGCUAUGUACUUAUUUUAAAGUAUGUACCUAAGUAAAAGAAAAUAGAGGACCAUUUAAAGACCAAUUUUGACAAUACACUGUAGGUAUAUGUGUAUUAUCUUAUAUUUUUUAAAUGUCUAUUGUAUUUUGCUGUGAUAUACUAAAUUAAUAUAUUGGAGACGUUACACAAAAUAUACAACUUUUGGGCAAACUUGAAAUACUACUAAUUUGUUAAGUGCAUUAUUAUUGUAAUUUUACAGUAUUUUCAUGUUAUUUCACUUUCAGAUUGGCUAAAUGUUUAUUGACAAUCAAUAUAAGGUUUAUAAAUUACUUGAGCGUAUUUUAAAUACAUACUAUAUUUAUGUAAGUCUUAAGUGUGUAAUGUUACAAAAAUAAAAUGAAGCAAAAUA